CAGGUCACAGUCAUGUCUGGUCCGGCCCCGGUCAGAACGCUCCUCUACACCGUCAACGACGUGCUGCGGAGAGAGAAAUACAAAGCGGCGCUCGCCGUCCUGAAAGGCUUCAGAAACGGCGCCGUAUAUGGGGCCAAAAUCAGAGCACCUCAUGCUGUCGUCAUGACAUUCCUGUUCCGAAGUGGCAGUUUGAAGGACAAACUAAAAGCAAUCGCCAAAGCCACAUACACCCACUCUCGCAACCUGGCUUACUUCGUGUUUACAUACAAAGGACUGCAAGCCCUGCAGGAGAAGAUUCAGGGAAAGAGUCUGCAGUCUCAGUCUUUUCUGGCUGCCUGCAUAGGCGGGUGGUUAGUCUUUGGAGAGAACAACAACAUCAACAGCCAGAUCAACAUGUACUUGCUCUCAAGGAUACUUUUCGCCCUGUCUCGCCUGGCGGUGGAGAAAGGCUAUAUUCCUCAGCCCAGACAAGACCCCUUCCCGCUGUUUGCCACUUUGGUGUGGGGCAUUGUGUUGUGGCUCUUUGAGUAUUACCCGCACACCCUCCAGCCCUCACUUCAGUCCUCUAUGAACUACCUGUACCACGACAGCAACGUGUGGCAUGACAUCUCCGACUUCCUCAUUUACAACAAGCCCAGGACCGCUGCGGCAGAAUGAACCUUUGAAAUGAUUCCUGCUGCACAGACCCAGAUUACUACGACCUGGAGAAGGAGAGAUUAAUAACAUUAUUUUUUCUAUGAUUAUAAAUAUUCCAGGUAUUCUUUUCAAUAUUCCAAUAUUCUUUUUUUUUUUUUUUAUUGUUGGUACUUUGUUGAUCAGCUGCAGGUUGUGAUGAAGUAGGUUGUUACCUGAUUGUUGAAACUGGCCAGGCUUUUACAAAUUGUUGUUAAUGACAAAAUUCAUUGACAUGCAUAUUUCCGUUGAGGGGUCAACACAGCACGCAGCUCGGUUUCUCCGUAAGGUUUCACGUGAUCUUUCUGAUUUGUUUCCUUCUGAACUCCUUAUGUUUGGCAAAAUGAUCCCACCUUUACACACCUACUGCUUGAUAGUUCAGACCUUUCAGAUCAUGAAUUUACAUGGUUUCUCUUCUCAAAAUGAAUGUAUGUCUGUAAAUGACGGUUUAACCUUCGGCAUAUUGCCAUAAUGUGUGAUGGGGUGUGUGGUUGUACUGGUGACUGUGUGGGGAAGGGCCGGGUUAGUUCCUGGAGGCUGAUGGCCUCUCAUUCAUGAGUCACGUUUCUCUUUAACCUUCAUAUUCCUUGGUUGUUGUACUUUCAUGUUGACCGGCGCUGAGUGAAGCUUUGAUUUAUUUAUAACAAGACAGUGUCAUCAGCAUACAGUCAGACUCCACCUCUUUAUUAAGCAGAGCUCAGUGUGUGUGUGUGUGUGUGUGUGUGUGCGUGCGUGUGCGUGCGCGCCCCCAUACACACAUAAUAGCUAAAUUUGAAUUAAUAUUGGAGUCAAAAAUGUGACCCCCCCCCACUGUCCUCUGUUUUUGAAUCCUAAAAUUACAUAUUAGGCUUAAGAUGUAGAUAGAUAGAUAGAUAGAUAGAUAGACGGACGGACGGACGGACGG